GGGGCGGGGCGGAAGUGAGAAGAGGGGCGGAAGAGGGGUGCAAGCGCCUCGCUGGGCUCGAUGUCGCGGCGGGCUCUGCGGCGGCUGCGAGGUGAGCAGCGGGGCCAGGAGGAGCCGGGCCUGGGCGAGCUGGGUCUGGACCCCGGCCCCCAGCGCUGCCGGGAGGGAGCGCCGCCCCGCAGAGGCGUCAGCAACCGCUUCGAGCUGAUCCCUGCUGAGGAGUCAGAGGAUGACCUGCCUUCCACAGAGGAGCGAGCGGAUGCCCGGCUCAGCGGGCGGGAUGCAGCAGAAGGGAACACUGAAGGGGCUGUAACUGAAGAGACUGAAGGUGAUGCGCAGAGGGAUGGGGACGAAGCAGAGCAGCCAGACCAAACGCCUACGUUGAGUAACAAGUCACGAAAGAAAAAAAAGAAAAGGAAAACCAAGAAACCUUCAGCAGGGGAGACUCUGGAAGACAACGACCUGGAAAACAUCGAUAACCUGCUGGAAAAGAUUGAGGAUACCAAUGGGCUGUCACAGGAGACACAGAGUGGAAUAAUCGCUGACAGCAGACCCCUGCUCUACGUAGAGCACAGAAACUUGAAUCCAGAGAAUGAGUUGAAGAGAUACUUUGGGGCUCGCGCUGUUCUUGGUGAUCAGAGGCCAAGACAAAGGCAGCGCCAAAACGUCCGUGGCACGUGGCUGACUGCACCCGACAACUCCUGGCCACGCUACACCAGCACAGGUAUCACCAUGCAGCUGUUGGAGACCAGGAGGGGAGUGCAGUACUUCACGUUUGAGCAUCAUCGCAAGUACCAGCAAGUGCAGCUCUUGUUCCUGAAAAAUAUAGAGUCCAUGGACCCCAACAGCGUUGUGCCUCUGCUUCAGGCGCUGGAACCGUACCAUGUGGACUCCCUUCUGCUGCUCAGCGAUGCGUACAGGAUGCAGGAGGAUCAGGAGAUGGCCCGUGAGCUCGUAGAGCAGGCGCUGUACAGCCUGGAGUGUUCCUUCCACCCUCUCUUCAGUCUCACCAGUGGAACCUGCAGGCUGGACUACCGGCGGCCAGAGAACAGGUCUUUCUUCCUGGCUCUCUUCAAGCACAUGAUGCUUCUGGAGAAGAGAGGCUGUCCUCGGACAGCCCUGGAGUUCUGCAAGCUGAUCCUGAGCCUUGAUCCAGAGAACGAUCCGCUGUGUGUGCUGCUGAUGAUUGAUUUUCUGGCCCUUCGAGCUAGAGAAUACACCUUCUUGACCCGCAUGUUCCAGGAGUGGGAGAGUCACCGGAAUUUGUCCCAGCUGCCCAAUUUUGCCUUCUCUGUGCCGCUGGCCUAUUUCUUCCUGAGCCAGCAGGAGGAGCGCUCGGAGCUGGAGCUAAGCCAAGCCCGGGAGAAAGCCGCCCAGCUCAUCCAGCUUGCAUUGAUCAUGUUCCCAAGCGUUCUUAUGCCGUUGUUGGAUCACUGCAGCGUGCAGCCCGAUGCCGUGGUCUCCUCCCAUUCCUUUUUUGGGCUGAAUGCUCAAAUAAGCCAGCCUCCUGCCUUGAACCAGCUGACAUCCCUCUACGUGGUGAGGACUCACUCCCUGUGGAAGGACCCAGCUGUUAUGGCGUGGCUGGAGACCAACGUCAAUGAGGUGCUGCACAUGGUGGAUGCCCAGGACCCGCUGGUGGAGGACGCUGAGCACAAGAGGAAGAUACGGUACCAGAGCGCACCCAGGAAUAUCUACCGGCACAUCAUCCUCUCUGAGGUCAAGGAAGCCAUGGCAGCUCUGCCUCCGGAGGUGACCUCGCAGCCUGUGAUGGGGUUUGACCCUUUGCCUCCUUUGGACUCCAUCAUUUCCUACACUAGACCGGAAAGAACGAAUCAUCCAUCCAACGAAAGCACUUUAUCUCUCUUCUUCCGCUCACUGUUGCCAAAUUUUAACUUGCAGGGGGAUGUGAGGCACGACGAUGAAGAGGCCGGAGCAGGACAGGACCUUAACCAAGGGGUGAACAGACUCAUGGCAGCCAUGCGGGACAUGCUGGCAAACAUCCAGUUUCAGGAACCCCCCCGAGAUGACAAUCCUGAAGGCGAUGGAGAAUGGGACUGAGCCAAGAGUGUGCAUUUCCCCCCACCCCUCUGUAAUCACCCCUACGGUUUCUGUUGUGCUCCAAUAAAGUCUCAAAAACCCCA